AUUCAGGACUAGAAGAAGCCGUCUAUAGGAACAUCCAGGCAUGCAAAGAACUUGCUCAAACCACCCGUACAGCUUAUGGACCAAACGGAAUGAACAAAAUGGUUAUCAAUCAUCUGGAGAAGCUUUUUGUUACAAAUGAUGCUGCUACUAUCUUGAGAGAGCUGGAGGUCCAGCAUCCUGCUGCAAAAAUGCUUGUGAUGGCUUCCCACAUGCAAGAGCAAGAAGUUGGAGAUGGAACAAACUUUGUGCUUGUUUUCGCUGGAGUUCUCCUGGAGUUAGCAGAAGACCUUCUGAGGAUGGGGUUAUCGGUCUCCGAGGUGAUUGAAGGAUAUGAAAAGGCUUGCAAGAAAGCCCUAGAAAUUCUUCCAGACUUGGUGUGCUGUUCUGCAAAGAACCUUCGAGAUGUUGAAGAAGUGGCAUCUUUGUUGCACACCUCAGUGAUGAGCAAACAAUAUGGCAAUGAACGCUUUUUGGCAAAGCUUAUUGCCCAGGCCUGUGUUUCUAUUCUUCCUGAUUCUGGUCAUUUCAACGUUGAUAAUAUCAGAGUGUGCAAAAUUGUGGGUGCUGGUGUCUCUGCUUCCUCAGUACUGCAUGGCAUGGUUUUUAAAAAAGAAACUGAAGGAGAUGUUACUUCUGUCAAAGAUGCAAAAAUAGCUGUGUAUUCCUGCCCUUUUGAUGGUAUGAUAACUGAAACUAAGGGCACCGUACUUAUAAAGAAUGCUGAAGAACUGAUGAAUUUCAGUAAGGGAGAAGAAAAUCUAAUGGAUUUGCAAGUCAAAGCGAUCGCCGAUAGUGGUGCAAAUGUGGUAGUGACAGGUGGCAAAGUGGCAGACAUGGCGCUUCAUUAUGCCAACAAAUACAAUCUUAUGUUAGUCAGGUUGAACUCCAAGUGGGAUCUGAGAAGACUGUGCAAAACUGUUGGUGCAACAGCCCUACCCCGACUGACUCCCCCUACUCCAGAAGAAAUGGGUCACUGCGAUAGUGUGUAUUUAUCGGAGGUUGGGGAUACGCAAGUGGUUGUGUUUAAGCAUGAAAAGGAGGAUGGUGCCAUUUCUACUAUACUCAUUCGUGGAUCUACAGACAAUCUGAUGGAUGACAUAGAGCGAGCAGUGGAUGAUGGUGUAAAUACUUUCAAAGUACUCACAAGGGAUAAACGUCUCGUUCCUGGAGGUGGUGCAACGGAGAUCGAACUGGCCAAGCAGAUUACGUCUUAUGGAGAGACUUGCCCUGGGCUUGACCAGUAUGCCAUCAAGAAGUUUGCUGAGGCCUUUGAAGCCAUUCCUCGAGCACUGGCAGAAAACUCUGGAGUGAAGGCUAACGAGGUCAUCUCCAAACUGUAUGCUGUGCAUCAGGAGGGGAACAAAAAUGUUGGAUUUGAUAUUGAGGCCGAAGCCGCUGCUGUGAAGGAUAUGUUGGAAGCUGGCGUGUUAGACACCUACCUUGGAAAGUCCUGGGGUAUCAAGCUCGCAACAAACGCAGCAGUAACUGUCCUAAGGGUUGAUCAGAUUAUUAUGGCAAAACCAGCAGGCGGUCCAAAAGCCCCUAAGCACCAAGGACAUUGGGAUAAGGAUGACUGGAAAGAUGAGCCUGAAAACUAGUAUCUAUCAUCAUGGCAAAACCAGCUGGUGGCCCUAAACCUCCCUCAGGAAAGAAGGACUGGGAUGAAGACCAAAAUGAUUGAACAAUUUCACUGUACUACUUUAGUGACGUGAUUAUGUGAGUUUGUUCAUGUUCCGGUGCAGGCCUGUCAUGAUGGUUUGCUGUUGCCUUUUAAGUUAUGAACUGUGUCCAAGGCAGUGCAGAACUUCAAAGAUUUCAAUAAACGUACUCACUGUUAA